UUGCCGAGACAGGAUGUGUGAGUCCUGUUAAGACUGACGUGCAGCAGUCAUUCACACAACUCCUAAAUCCUAGGAGUCGGUAAAGUCUUCUGCUGUGGGGAGUAAGGAUCCUCACAAUGAAGAUUACUUGUACAGCCUUUGUGCUCCUCAUCCAAACAUUCCAUUGUUUGGCUUCAGAUGAGUCAUCAUUUCAACUAACUAACAAGGCCACUGGUUUUUGUUUGGUGAAAAGAAACAACUACUGCAAUGACAUACGCUGGACAACUGGCGAUCGGCUUCUGGUUCAGCAACUGAAUAAGUGCCUUGGAGCCCAGGGUAAAAGUGUGGGGAGUGAUAUAACUCUAUAUGACUGUGAUGAAAACAGUGAACUCCAAAAGUGGGAAUGCAAGAAUGAAACAAUGCUCGCCCUCAAAGGCCAAGAGCUUUACAUUGAGCUCACUGCAGAUAACACAGCUGUUCUCUCCAAAACCACGGGACCCAAUAACCACCUCACAAUUUCAGGGACGUCCAGUGGUGCUUGUACAAGAACAUACAGAGAGCUUUUCACUGUCGGUGGAAAUGCGUUUGGAAAGCCCUGCAUGUUUCCCUUUCUGUACAAACACCAGUGGUACUCAAACUGCACGACAUUUGACUCCUCAGAGAAGCGUCUUUGGUGUGCGGUUGAGACAAAAUUUGAAAGCGAACGCUGGGGGUACUGUCCAACUACCUCCAGGGAGGACUGGAAUAAACAUCCAAACACAGGAGGGUAUUACCAGCUGAACACACAGUCAGCUCUGACCUGGCCUCAGGCAGAAGUCAGCUGCAAACAGCAGGGCUCGUCCCUGCUCAGCAUCAAUGAUCCACACGAGCAAGCUUAUAUCACAGCACUACUUGGGAAAGGGGGCAAUACACUUUGGAUUGGACUGAUUUUGGAUCCAGAUCACGGCUGGAAAUGGAUUAAUGGGAGGCCCUACCGAUAUAUGAAAUGGGACUCUGGACAUCCACUUCCUGAUCCGGGACACCACUGUGCAGUUGCUGAACCUGCUGUACAGUACACCUGGCAAAGUUCCCCCUGCAGCAAGAAACUCGGCUACAUCUGCUACAGUAAAGGAGCCGAGGAAAUCCCUACACAAGCUGUUGGGACAGGAUUUUGCUCAGAACCCUGGGUUCCCUACAAUGGCCACUGCUUCCACCUUGAUCGUACUAAGAAAACAUGGUCUGAUGCUCAGAAACAGUGCCGCGAUGAAGGAGGGAACCUUGUGAGCAUUCGCAAUGUGGAGGACCAAAGCUUUGUCAUCUCUCAGCUUGGUUUUGCAGCAUCCACUGAUGAGCUUUGGAUUGGAUUGAACGACAGGAAGACAGAGGGACUAUUUGACUGGACUGAUCACUCUGCUGUCAGCUUCACAAGCUGGGAAUAUGGGAAACCAGAAGUUUCUUCUGAUAUAAAAGACUGUGUUCUAAUCAGAGGAGAGAAUGGGAACUGGGCUGACCGUGUGUGUGAGGAGAAGCAGGGCUUCAUUUGUAUGAAGAUGAGCUCUUCAACACCCACUGGAACUAAAGUGGAGGAAGCCGGAGGCUGCAAAAGUGGGUGGAGGAGACAUGGUUCAUACUGCUACUUCAUUGGAAGAGAGCCCAAGUCUUUUCAUGAAGCUAAAGAUGAUUGCAAGAGUUCAGAUUCUUACUUAGCUGAUGUUUCAUCUGGGGUCGAUAAUGCCUUCCUUGUGAGCUUAGUAGGGAAUAAACCAGACAGAUACUUCUGGCUGGGGCUCUCAAAUCAGAGGAACAUCUCUGAAUUUGUCUGGACCAACACUUUCUUAGUGAGAUUUACUCACUGGAAUGCUGAAAUGCCAGGUCACCAACAGGGCUGUGUUGCCAUGAGGACUGGGAUUUUUGCCGGCCUCUGGGAUGUGGUGCCCUGCACCAGUAAGGAGAAAUACAUUUGCAAGCAGCUAGCAGAGGGGGCUGUUUUAACUCCUGCUCCACCCAGUGUUUCUCCUCCCAAUUGUGCAGAUGGCUGGAAACGAAUUGGGACAAGAAAACAGUGCUAUAAGCUUAUUUCCAAGUCAUCUGAAAAGAAGAGGACCUGGUAUGAGGCCAGAGAUUACUGCAAGGCUAUUGGAGGAGACCUGCUCAGCAUCCACAGUGAAGAAGAGCGAUCUGCCAUACCACAGCGUUAUCUUUCCGCCUGGAUUGGACUUAGUGCCCCUGACCCAGACACAGGUUACGUAUGGAGCGAUGGAUCCCCUGUCAAUUUCCAACACUGGUCGGAUGGAGAGCCAAACAAUAAAAUGAAUAUUGAAUCUUGUGUGAUCUUCAAAAUGCAAGAAGCCAGAUGGGAGGGAUCUUGGGAAGAUGUGCACUGUGAGCUGAGCUUUGAUUGGCUGUGCCAGAUCAAUGCAGGAGUGACUCCAAAUCUACCUCCAGAUAAUGUCAUUCCAGAUUACAAUAAGACCUCAGAUGGGUGGUUUGAAUGGAAAGGGAAUCAGUAUUUUUUUCAUCAUUAUUCAGUAGCCAUGGAAGAUGCUCGUGCCAGCUGCAAACGAACUCACAGCGAGUUGGUAACUAUUGACAGUGAAGCUGAAAGGGUCUUUCUAUGGAAACAGAUAUAUAGAUCUCAUUGGAGUUACUGGAUAGGCAUGACCGUAGAUCUUGAUAAUACAUUCGCGUGGAUGGAUGAUUCUCCAGUUGUGUUUCAAAGGUGGGAGGAAAAUCAGCCUAAAUUCCAGAACAAUGAUGAGAAUUGUGUUAUCAUGUCUACCUCCAUGGGAUUCUGGCGUAAUAGAAAUUGUGGGAUGGAGAGCCCGUUCAUUUGUAAACGCAGUGGCACACCACCUGCCAAUGCCACAGUAGUGCCAACAGUGACGCCAACAGGUGGCUGUCCACAGAACUGGGAAAAAUUUAAUUCAAAGUGUUAUAGCAUCAUCACCAAUCAGAAUGAGACAUGGAACGGAGCGAGGACACAAUGCAAAAACAUGGGAGGAAAUUUGGUCUCAAUUGUCUCAAAAGAUGUGCAAGACUUCCUGAUGGGUAAAUUGUUUCAAGCGCCUACUAGAAACCUGUGGAUCGGUGCGCAUGCUCAAAAUGAUAUGAGCGCGUUUUACUGGACGGAUGGGCGACCAAACCGAUACAGAAACUGGGGUUUUGACAGGUCUGACCACUCAGACAGAUAUCAUUAUCCCUAUGAGGAGGAUUAUCCGUGGCCGAGACGUGUCAAGAAAGAAUGUGUUUUAAUGACUACUAAUGCUAAGGUUGGCAUUGGGAAAUGGUUAAAAAAGUCCUGCAAUGACACCAAUGGAUACAUCUGUCUGCGAAAGCUUGAUCCAUCUCUCCCAGAUGCCAAUGAAACAGCAAUUCCAACAAAUUAUUUCAAAAUAUUUAACGACUCUAUCAAGGUUGUUACUCAACAAAUGAACUGGGAAGAAGCCAAGAAGAACUGCGAAAAUGAUGGUGCCAACCUGGCCAGCGUGCGAAAUGACUGGACGAAGUUGUAUAUCUCCCUGAUGGCUAUAAAGCUCCAAGCUCCUCUGUGGCUUGGACUCAACAGUAAGCAGACUGAUGGAUAUUUCAGAUAUGUUGAUGGCUGGCAUAUGACCUUGUCUGACUGGGAUCGACGGGAACCAAGGAUGGAAAGACCUUGUGUGUAUGUGAACGAAGAGGGAAAAUGGAAGACUACCUCCUGUGAGGACAAAGUGUAUAGCGCUUGUAUAAAGUCCACAGAAGUGCCACCAACAGAGUCGACUGAAUUCCCAGGAAUUUGCCCUGAUGACCCAGAAGCAAUGAGAUUCUCAAGGGAGCGUUCAAGAUGGCUGUCAUUUAGGAGUUAUUGUUACCUGUUUAUGGUAGAAAGGGCCACCUGGCCAGAUGCAUCAGCAAACUGUAUAAGACAUGGUGGAAAUCUUGCUAGCAUUGAAGAUCCUGCAGAGCAAACAUUCAUCACAACCAAUCUACAACUAUUUAGAGAUAUUCAAAGUGCUUUCUGGGUCGGCCUUUAUAAAACUCACAGAGGCAUGUGGAAGUGGUUGGAUAAAACAGCCAUGGACUACAAUAACUGGAGGGAUGAGGACAGUAACUCUGGAACCUAUGGACAAGUUCGAAUUUUAGAUGGGGAUUGGUCACCAAACAGGGGGUCACAACGCUGUGGAUAUAUUUGUAAAACACCCAAAAUAUUAAAGAAAACAAUACCAACAACUGCAAGUCCUCCACAGCCUGCGUCUAAAAGCCACAGCCACGUCGUUUUGGAAGUCUUGCUGGGCAUUACUCUGGUUGCCAUAGGAAUAGUCGUCGUCUUCUUUCUCCUCAAGAAGUAUGGCGUCCGUCUGUCUCUCCCUGAGAAGUUAACAACCUUUGACAACCCUCUGUUCUUCAGCAACGACCAGUCCCAGGCUAGUGCGGUGGACACCAAUCAACUGGUAGCAAACGCAGAGGAGUAGAAGUCUGGGCCUGUUGAAAGUGUUUCCUGAGAACACCAGCAGAAUUUAAUGAGGUUGCUUCGAAGUGAGAGAAUUUUCAGUCCAGCUGGCAAUAAGUGUGUCAAUGAAAUAUUUAAGCUGUAGGAAGUCUUAUUUGACAUGCAAAUGGCUUUUAAUUUGCCUAUUUUUGAACAACUAAGGAUUUACAGAAUGACUGAAUGUACAAGUAAUCAUUUUAAUCCAUAGCUUAUUACUGUCUUGCCUAUAGGUCAGUGCUGUGAAAUGUUGUAUUUGCUACAUAUUGCUUUUUUUGUGUAAAAAUGAGUUCAGUUUUAAAAAUGAAAAGUUGUGAAGUGUAACUUUAAACAAGACAACCAAUGUAACAUAACGCUGAGUAUUCACUAACCUUGCCUAGCAUGGCAUUUUACUUACUUGUGUGUGUGUACAGUCCACCAUUUCUCUGACAAAAAAUCUGUUUAUUGUUCACUACAUUUAUCUGCUGAUUGUGAAUGCUGUCUAAUUGUAAUGAUUUUUACAGGAAAAGUUAACAUUAAACAUGAAUUAACCUGUUGAA